AUGGCCUCAGACUCCCCAACUGAUCAACCUCAACCUCUUCCCGAAGUCGACCUCAAAACUUUCAUUGCGCAAAUGCCCAAGGCGGAACUCCAUGUCCACCUCGAGGGCUGCCUCACGCCCGUUCUGGCCCGCUCGCUCGCGUCGCGGAACAACCUGCCCCCACCAUCAUCGCUUUCCCACCUAGAACCCUCUCACCCAGAGGCAGGCUACGCGUUCAACGACCUCACGUCGUUCCUGCAGAUCUACUACCCGAACCUCGCCGUGUUGGUGACGGCAGAGGACUUCUCCGACCUGGCGCUGAGCUACCUGCGCACUGCGCACGCCCAGAACGUGAAGCACGUCGAACUUUUUUUCGACCCGCAAGCGCACACGUCGCGCGGCAUCCCCUUUCCGACCGUGGUGAGGGGCUACCGGCACGGGGUCAUCACGGCGCAGCGCACGCUAGGCAUCUCCGCGAGCCUGAUCAUGUGUUUCCUGCGUGACCACAGCGCCGAGUACGCCAUGUCGACGCUGAUGGAGUCGCUGCCGUUCAAAGACAGCAUCAUCGGUGUGGGCCUGGACAGCGACGAGCGCGACAACCCGCCCAGCAAGUUCGCGUCCGUCUUCCAGCGCGCCGCCCGCGAGGGAUACCUGCUCACCAUGCACUGCGACAUCGAUCAGCCCAACAUCCUGACGCACAUCGGACAAGCGAUCAACGAGAUCCAGGUCGACAGGAUAGACCACGGCACAAACAUCAUUGAGUCGCCCGAGCUGGUCGACACCAUCAAGACGCGUGGCAUCGGUCUCACGUGCUGUCCAAUCUCCAACUCGGUCGUCACCGCGGACUUCAAGGGCCGGGAAAUCGUCAGCCUCUUACGACAAGGCGUCAAGGUGACCAUCAACAGCGACGACCCAGCCUAUUUCCGCGGCUAUGUGAAUGAAAAUUUGUUGAAGCUGGCCGAGGGAACAGAUGUGACAAAGAAGGAACUGAUCCAAUUACAAAGAAAUGCGUUUAUGAUCAGUUGGAUCUCAAGUUGGCGGAGGAGUCAUUUCUUGCACAUGUUGGAUGAGUAUGAGCAAAAGGCGUUAAGCCUUGUAGAAGAGAGAAGACCUCUAGCAAACGGGAUUUGA